AUGUCUCAAAGCGAUAAGAGACGCAACUGGUCAUACGAGGAGGACGUGGCCCUCCUGAUCCAGGUCGCAGCCGACCAGCCCUUCGCUGCAACGAAGGGUCAGCUCACGAAGUCGUGGCAACUGCUUGCUGAGACGCUCAUGCAGAGCGACAACUUCACCCGCGUGGUCGAUUCACGCAAAGUCCAAAACCGAUUUUCGUUGCUGGUCGACGAGCACAUAAAGUUCAACUCAGAGUCAGCGAAACUCUCUGGUGUGGACGAGGAGCACCGCGAGAAACACAUUCUGCUCGACGACAUGGUGACCCUCUUGGAGGACCUGAAGCGCGGCCCCGGUGCCAAGUCCAAGCCCAGCACUGACGCCAAGCCCGCCAGCACAGCGAGCGACAAAGACAAGGCGGAUCAAGGCGAGCUGAUCAUCCGAGAAAUGGCAAUGCAAACGAUGAAACGCCGCGCCGACGUGACGACAGAGGGCGGCGAACAAAAAAAGAAGACCGCUGUCAAGGGUCGCCGCAGCAGUCUAGCUACGGCCAUCGAGAUGGACUCCGAGCGAGACAUGGCCAUUCGCGAAAAAGAGAUUGAGUUCAACAGGUACAUAUCCGAUUUAGAAUUGAAACAGCGUGAGCUAGACAGGGAGGAGCGCAAAGCAGAGCGAGAGCAUCAAGCUGCACUUGCAAAAAUUGAAAGCGAAAAAAUGAUCAACUUGAUCAAUACAGCGCUCAGUAGCAGAAAGUAG